AUGACCCUAACGACGUUUGGGUCGUGCUCUUGGCCUGGCAAAGUUUCCGGAUCCAAUGCUUUCGUGAAAGCUUGUAGCAAGGAUGGCUACUCCGUCCUCGGCAAUCCCAAUGCUGCCAGUGGAUGUGGCGGAGGUGAAGCCUUCACCUGCAACAAUCAGAAACCAUGGGCCAUCAAUGACCAAUUGGCCUAUGGAUUUGCUGCUGCCACCAUUCCAGGCUUGAGCGAGCGAGACCGCUGCUGUGCAUGCUAUAAACUCGAUUUUACCAGCGGUCCAGUCCAAGGAAAAUCCAUGAUCGUCCAGGUCACCAACAGCGGAAGUGACGUGAAUCCCAAUCAAUUCGAUCUUCAAAUUCCUGGCGGAGGCGUUGGAAUCUUCAAUGGAUGCCAGUCGCAGUGGAAUGCACCCCAGGACGGAUGGGGCAAUCGAUACGGCGGCGUUUCUUCUCGCCAAGCGUGCGAUGCUCUUCCUCAUCGGUAA